UCGUCCUCUUGACGAGUCUUGCGCCAUUCGGAAAAAGCCACACACAGAACCCUAGUCGCCGUCGCCGAUACAAAUUCAACCAAAUCGGCCCCGGAAGAGCUCAAUUCGAUUCACAACCGAAACCCCCAGCUGCUCUAUUUCACUUUGGUAUCCUCGAAUUCGAAGCAGCUAUGCCUCCAAAGGCGUCGAAGGCCGAAGUGGCCAAGAAGCAGAAGGUGGUGGAGGACAAGACCUUCGGGCUUAAGAACAAGAACAAGAGCAAGAGUGUCCAGAAGUACGUCCAGCAAAUCAAGUCCUCAGUCCAGCCCAAACUCGACCCUGCCAAAGCUGCUAAGAAAAAGAAGGAGGACGAGAAGGCCAAGGAGAAGGAGCUUAAUGAGUUGUUCAAGGUUGCCGUUAGUCAGCCGAAAGUGCCACCGGGUGUGGAUCCCAAGUCGAUUGUGUGCGAGUUUUUUAAGGCCGGGCAGUGUACUAAGGGAUUCAAGUGCAAGUUUUCUCAUGAUUUGAAUGUCCAGAGGAAGGGUGAAAAGAUUGACAUUUACAGUGAUAAGCGCGACGAUGAAACAAUGGAGGAGUGGGAUCAAGAGAUGUUGGAGAAGGUUGUGGAGUCAAAGAAGAAUGAGUAUAAUAAUCAGAACAAGGCCACUGAAAUUGUUUGCAAAUUCUUUUUGGAGGCCGUCGAAAAGAAACAGUAUGGUUGGUUCUGGGUUUGUCCAAACGGUAACAAAGAGUGCCACUACAGACAUGCUCUUCCUCCGGGCUAUGUCUUGAAGUCUCAGAUGAAGGCACUUCUUGAGGAAGAAUCUGAAAAGAUUGCUAUUGAGGACGAGAUUGAAAACCAGCGUGCUAAAGUGACAACAUGUACUCCAAUGACUACUGAGCUGUUCAUGCAAUGGAGGAAUAAGAAGACAGAAGAGAAAGAAGCGGGGUUGGCUGCACAACGAGCAGAUAGGGCUAAGAAUGACCGCAUGAGUGGUCGUGAGUUAUUUCUUGCGGAUGCAAGCUUGUUUGUGGAUGAUGCUGAAGCACAUGAAAAAUACCAAAGACAAGAUGAGCCUGAAGCUUCUGAAGAAAAGGUCAAAGGCAACUCGGCAGCUGUGGGACCAAGUAGCUCUACUAUCGCUGCAGGUUCUGAAGAAGUUCCUGAUGAUGAUGAGGACGACGAUGACGAGUUGGACUUGGAUGAGUUAAAUGAACUUGAAGCGAGUUUGUCAAGAACAUCAAUUCAGAUACGCGAACCGGGAAUAGAGGCAUCUUGAGAGGGAGGAAAGACAGUUUGGUAAUGCAAGGCCGAUAAUUUACUUGUGUCCCCAAACGUGAGAGGAAUAAUAUAUUAUCUAUAAUAGUCCAUUAUCUUAUGUCAAAAUCUUGGUGCUCAGGAAGUCGUGUCAUUUAUGCAAGGAAAAAUCCAAUUUUGAUUCAGACUUUUGCUGUUCAAGUAAAACAUCUGUGUAUCACAAAUUCUAGCUUUCUUUAUUUUCAAAAAUGCGAACCAAUUGAGGUCUUCUCUUAAUUGUA